AUGGAGUGUGAUAUUGCAUCAUAUCAUGUGGAGUCGUUCAAUUAUUUGGCCGAGCAGGGAGUGCAGUUGGCAGCUCUGGACGUUCCUGCCGAAAAAUUCCGUCUCCCGAAUGGUGAUGCUGUGGAGCUUCGUUAUACCGGUGCUCAGCUGGGCUAUCCAUCGCUUGAAAUUAAAGGGGCCACCUCGGUAAUUGAUCAGCUAAAGUUGUUCCCGUCGGAAUGCAGGCAGCGAGGCCUGACAUACAGAGGCCCAUUGAAGGUGGGCAUCGAAAUACGCAUGAAUGGUAUUAGAACGGAUUUAUGUGAAGUUAUCGUCGGAGAGGUGCCUAUAAUGUUAAGAUCGAGCAGAUGUCACCUGCAAUGGCUGACUAGGGAGCAGCUAAUAGCACAUGGCGAAGAAGGCAAUGAAAAGGGUGGAUAUUUUAUUUGCAAGGGAUCUGAAAAGGUUUUUUUUGCUAUUGGACGUUACAUAGUUUUAUUUUCUAAACUCGACGGGUGCUUUUUUUUUUGCCCAGCACAAACGGCAAUAACAAAAGUAAUAAUAAUGAUGACAAUAGUAAUGAUAAUAACAACAAUGAUAGACAUAUUAAUGACGAAGACAUUCGUAGCAACAAAGAAAACAUCAUCAACAUAUGAGGGAGUACUGUAA